AUAUCUGUAUCAGGUUUUGCACAGGUGUUCAGAAUCUGUCCCAUCCCUUGCUCAGUUGUCAGAUGUCUUUAUCUUUUGAUAGUUUCUGAAUUCAGACAUGAUGACGAACAUCUUGGCUGUUUUGGUCAUACUGAUACCUGUUUCAGACACAAUAUAUGGGCCACGCCUGCUGAUAAGUCGUGUUGGAGGAUCAGUGACAAUACCAUGCUAUUAUGAAACCAUAACAGCCAAUAGACAUGGCAGAAAAUAUUGGUGCAUGGAAUCUCGAGGAUCUUGCCCGACUAUUAUUUCCACUAACCAUUUCAUCCAUCAAGACUUCAAAGGAAGAGUGUCAAUAAAUGAUAGGCCUCAAAAUGGGAUUUUUGAAGUGACAAUGACACAUCUGGAGAAGAAGGACUCCAGUAAUUACAGAUGUGGCAUUGGCAAGGUCAAUAACGGUUUAUAUGCUGGAGUAAACCUAACUAUUUGGGAAGGUCCAAAUAUGCCUAAAUCACCUGAGAUUGUUUGGGGUAAACUGAGAGGGUCAGUAAUGAUACAAUGUCCAUCUGAAACUACAAGGCUGAGAAUGGAGAAUAAGUCAUUGUGCAAGAUGAGAAGAUCCGGCUGUACUACCAUUGUAGAUACAAGCAGAAGUAAACUUCAGGAUAGAAGAAUUACUUUUACUGCAGGAGAUAGCUCAGAAACAUUCAGUGUUUCCAUAAAAGAACUGAGAAAAACAGACUCUGGAGUGUAUAAAUGUGGAACAGGAAUGUGGGAUGGCAGUUCAGAUGCAAGAAUCAUACAACUGCAGGUUACAGAAGAAUCUUUGUUCUUCAAUAUCAUAAGAAAUAUAAACAAUAUAAGCAAGUCAACAGCCAGAUAUGAGUCACAAACAACCUUUACAACCUCCCACAGACUUGUGACAUCUACAAACGACUUCUACAAAAAAAGAUCUUCAGAAAAUGAACAAAAUCCACUUCCAAUUGUGAUAUCACUUCUUGUACUUCUCGUACUUGCAGCCAUUGUUAUUACUGUGUUUGUUAAGUUAAGACAGCGAAGGAAGAAUGCGUCAAGUGACAUUCCUCCAAAAAAUCUUGAAAGAGAAAUGCCUCCGAUUGGCCAAAAGGAAUCAGAGGAGAAACCUGAGGAGGAAAAUAGAGAUUCAGAGGAUGAACGAGAGACUGCUAUAGGGCCUGCCAAAGGUACAGCUUUUUCAGCCUCUGUGUCUUAA